ACUGGUUAACGGUUAACGGGAGUCAUGGAGUCCACAGAGAGCAGGUACCCUCACCUGCUGCAGCCAAUCAGAGAGCUCACCAAGAACUGGGAGAUCGACGUGGCGUCAGAGCUGAACGACUACUUAGAAGAGCUGGACGACAUGUGCAUCACCUUCGAUGGAGGCAAAACCAGACUGAACUUUGCAGAAGCGGCGCUGCUGAUCCAGGGUUCAGCCUGCAUCUACAGCAAGAAGGUGGAGCUCCUGCACAGUCUGGUGUACCAAACUCUGGAGUACAUCAACGACAGAAACAAGAAACGGAGCAAACAGACGUCAGCGUCUCAGGAAGACGACGCCAACGGAGCGGAGAGCGAAGACGACGCUGACGAUGUGGCCGUGUUCACUCUGCUCAACAUCAACGUCUCAGAGGACCCUAUGAAGAACGACUCCAACACGGUUGUGAGUGUUGCUCCUCUUCCUCCGGAGUCUCUGAUUCCUCCUGAAUCCACAGAGAAGCACAAGCUGCCUCUCAUCAGUGUGACGGGAGACGUCCUGUGCAGUCAGAAGGACUUCAGGAUCAACCUCUUCGUCCCUGGAGACCAGGAUCUGAUCCUCCUCACUCUGGGAUCGGCUGCCUCCAGGUUUCUGCUGCAUGUGGAUCAGAACCCUGCCGGCUCUCUGCUGCAUGUGGAUCAGAACCCUGCCGGCUCUCUGCUGGAUGUGGAUCAGAGAGGUGAGGAGGCUCCAGCCGACGUAGAAGAUAACGGAGGCGAUGCUGCGGAGGACUUCCUCCCUCUAGAGGACAACAACAUGGAGCUGGACCAGGACCCAAAGGAGCACGUGGACCGACACCAGGCUCCGAGUGAAGGACGGACGGUCCGAGAGAGACGGCAGCUCGUAGACAACCGGACGGAGGAGACGGCUGUGGACGUGUGGACGUUCCACGACCCGUACGCCGUCCUCGGAGAAGACAAACCCUUAAAACCAGCAAAAUGCUACAAGGUUCCUGACGGUCUGGACGACGACGGGAAGAGGAAACGGAGACGAGCCGCUCCACUCCAGGACUUCAGGAGCUGGUUCACAGGAACCUUUGAUCCUCCGGAGCCCAAGUUCAAAAAUGGACCAGCGUUCAGAGAGCUGAACUACAUUUAUCUGAGCAUGAUGAAAGACAAACUGAAGACUCGCAGGAGGUGCUGCAGGAGAGCGGGGGUGGCGGUCUCUGAUGAAGAACUGAGGAGGACCUUCCUGCAGCUGGAGGAGGCGGGGCAACAGCAUCAGGGGGAGGAGCCUGUGGACGGAUUCAGACCCCCCGACCUUCUGGGUGGAGACGACGACUCAGACAACGAACAUGAAGCGUUUCCAGACGACCUUCCAGCUGAGGGAGAACCAGACAUCAUAUCAGCAGGCGUUCAGAGAGAUGAACUGAGUUAUGAAGAUCUGGUGACGCUGCGUGUGGAGCAGCUGGUGGUGAACUGUAAAGGUUACACUCAGGAGACGGCUCUGUCUCGUAGAGUCAAAGACUGGGAGGACAAGAUCCGACCCAAACUGGAGCUGCAGGAGCAGUGUCCGGUGUUUGACAUCCAUGACUACGGAGACCAGAUCGUGUCAGCGUUGAGCAGCGUCGGUCAGAGGAGAUCUUUCUCCUCCAUCGUCUCUGGAUUCAACAACUAUGAAGCCUGCAAAUAUCUGCUGGCUUCACUGCAGCUGGCCAACGACCACACGGUGGAGGUGGACACUGCCGGCGGUCUGGAGGAGAGCGUGGACUCCAUGGGUCUGACUCUGCUCAGCACUCACAGAGCCAACGACAGGUUCAAGACUCUGACGGCUUUAACCUGAACACGGCUCUCUACACGUAUUUCUAUAGAAACGUACAGAGACAUUGGACUUCCUCAGUCUUCUUCCUGUCAGUCCUUUGAUCUGAACUCUGAUAAUCGUUUCAUGUCCGUCUGAGGAUAAAGAUGAACAUUUGUGUGUUUUGUCCCGAUUUGUAAUAAAAACUCAAAAAUAUAUAAAUAAAUAAAUAUGCCUUGAAAUGU